AUGCCACCGUGCAAGUUGCACCACAUGAAGGUAAGAAUAUUUAUUAACCAGCCGCCUGUUGCUAAUUAAGUUCAUAUACAGUAUUGUUUAUUGAGUUUUGCUGAAUUAUCCCCACUCCUAAGAACAUUUGAAAAUUUGCACUAUUUGCCAAGUGAACGUAUUAGUUAAGCCAGAUUUGGCGAAAAAAUACAUAGUAAACGCGACGCAGAUUUUUCCCUCUAUGAUAAGUUUCCGUCGAUUGCCAAAGUCUGAAAUCGAAACUAUCCACCCUCGAAAAAUCGAAAUAACCACACAAAUGACGCUUUGUUACAGUCAUAAUUUUUUUUUUAAAAGAGAGGCCUAUAAGGGCAACUGAAAGUAGAGAGCACCCUUUUUCCAUCUCUAAAAAGAACCCAUUUUAUUCCCCUGGGCGCUUCCCGUUAGCAUGUGGAAAGGGUUGCUUAUGCAUAGCCACCUCCCUCCAAUCAGUAGGGACCUUAAGCAGUCAGGACGGCAACGCCAAGGAAGACUUCUAUUAAAAAUGAAAUUUCUACCUAUAAUUAGAAUUUCAAAAAUGGCUGCAUGUGAUUACCGUCUCAUACAGUGCCACACCUCAACUUCAGCAUAACGUAUCAAAAAAGCGUUGAGUUCCAAAUAGAAAUUAAAAUAAUUUGCCGUCGCGGUUUCGGUUCGCAGACGACGCAAAUUGUGGUGAUUUCACGUUGUUGUUUUGCAUAGGACGGCUCAGAAAUGUACAAACGCACGUGCUGAGCUAUUGUUCUACCCAUCAUAUCUUUUGUUUUUCCAUGUCCUCGUUGCCGUCGCCGUCGUGGUUUGCUUAAGGUCUCUAGUAAUUAAAUAGAACAGGGGUCGAUCCCUCCUAAAUGCUAAAUUUCAGCGUGAAGACUUCGAAUGAAUAACUCUUACUUGGUGUUUUCCGCUGACCACUCACAAUCCCAUCCUUUCGUUUACUUCCGCUUCGCUCCGUCGUUUAUCGUGAGAGUCGUUACUUUGGUUUUUACGCACCGUUUUUGACUGGAAAACCUUCUAGCAUGGCCAAAUUCAAUGUAAAUGUAGAACAGUGUAAAGGAGCUGUCUUGGUUGGUGAUCAUGCGAAACUGACUAUUGGGCCGACUGGUAAGAUAUCAGAAGGUACGCAACUUUCUCUGUUUGUGAGGGAAGUUUUCGAUCGGUGCUUCGACACAUGAAUCAGAAUAAUUCAUAACUUGUGGCUUGUUCGAAACAUGAUGAUAAUCUUCCAUUUAAAUACGUUAUAGUGGGAACAAUAUCAAACCUGAUUUGAUGUAGUUUAAAAUCAAAGAAAAUCGAUUGAGUAUCAAUUGUUAGCCAAGUCAGCCAUGUUAUCGGCCCACAUCACGGCAAAUUGCCUCUUUCUCCACUUAAUUUUUCCGCCUACGUUAUUUUUCAAACAUUACUUCAUUUCCUGUUCUCCCGCUCGAACUACAUCAUCUAAACUAAAACCUCGACGAUGCAGUACACAAUUUUAAUUCGUUCACUUCAACUCGAAAAAAUCGGAAGGAGCUUGAAGAGUUAUACUCCAGGAAUUAAUUAAUACGGUGUCAUUUAUGAUAACCUCAUUUUAUUCUGCAUUUUGGCCCUUUCUUUUCAUAUGGGUUUCUGUUAUACCGGUCAAAGAUUUACUUACAUCCUUGAUUACCGAGAGAAACCUCCUAAGUGAAAAUGAAAUGAGAAAACCCCUUUCCAACUCCUAAAAUAGCAACAACUUUGUAAAAGAGUAAUCAUGACGGUUGCAUUUGCAUUUAUUUGCUUCACGAAUCGCCUUCUUUUGGGAUCUCAGGCUUAGGUAAACCGACUUUGAACAAAUUGACCACAAUUUUCCAUUGUCUAGUUAGCCCUUUACACCCUCAUAUCAGUAUAAAUAUUCUCCAUGCCAGAUGCCAGUCACUCUUGAUAUUGUAUUGAUAUUAUAGGGAGAGAUUCUGUCUUGGUCUUAAAACCUUAUUGAUCAGAGAAGUGGCACCUCAAAGUUUUGAAUAAUGUUGAUGUCAUUUUUAUGAUCAAUAAGGUGAAGUACAUCAGAAAAUUGUGUUUUUCAACAUAGUAGGGAUUAUGAAGCAUUGCCUUACAUGCUGCAUGAUUUCUGUUAUCUACAACCUAGCUUAUUGAAAAUCUAGAAAGUUAUUGUUGGAAGCCUACCUGAUAGUAACCACAGAUUAUUGCAAAGAUAAUUGACUGACUUUGUAACUUUGUUAGGAGUACUAAACCAAGAGCACACCCCAGAGCAAGCAGCAAGAACUAAAACUAGUUGUAAGUAGAGUUUAUUUAUCAAGUUUACCUUUUCCAAUGUCUGUUUUCUGGGUGGUCUGCCAUUCAUUUCUAAAUAUUUCAGCUCCAAUAAUGUAAAUUAAGGUGAAAUUUAACACUAUUCUCCAAAUUAAAAUCUGGGUUAAAUUUUUCUGACUUCUCAUCUUUCUUUUGCUUAAAAUUGUGUUGAGACUGUAAGGAGAAUUUCCUUCAUGGUCAUGGUUGGUAGCAACAAGGUUAAAGGAGCUACUCCAUAGUUUUACUGUCUUAACCCUUUAACUCCCAAGAUCUGAUUGUUAAUUCUCCCAUUUAGCUGCCACACAUCUCCUUGUAAAUUAGUUACAAGAAUUUGGUAUUUGAUUAAGUAACCAUUUUUACCUGAUAAGUUUGUGUCUUCUCAGAACCUGUUUGUUGGAAUAUCUAUGGAUGUUAUAAGAGAAGUUACAUGUUAAUCACUUCUGGGAGUUGAAGAGUUAAAGAAGUAAGAUCAGAUCUUUUAAUUGUCUCAUAUGUUUCCUCUCUGUGCUUAGUCCUUCAAUCCAAACAGAAACUUAGUCAUUUGAAUUCACUUAUUCAUUUCACUUAUUUUUUUUCUAGCUCAUGCACCUUUUCAAGAGUCUGGGGAUGAUAUUGAUUUAAAAGUAAAGUCUGGUUAUGUGCUAGUAAUUCAUAACUACAGCUUCCCUAAGAGGGAGGAGGCUGUACGCCAUGGGUCAGAGGAAGAUGUGAAAAAUCUUUGUAGCCUCUUUGAUGAUUUCAACUUCAAAACCCGAAUUGUAAAUAACUUGACUCAAAGUCAGAUGGUGGAAAUACUCAGUGAAACUGCAGAGAAAGACUUCAGCAGAUAUGAUUGUUUCUUGUGUGUAAUCCUCAGCCAUGGUCUCAAAGAUGAGAUUCUUGGAAUUGAUGAUGAGAAGAUUAAAAUUGAAGCAAUCACUUCCAAUUUUCGCCGAGAUGCAUGUCCUUCUCUUGAGGGGAAACCAAAAAUAUUUCUGAUCCAAGCUUGCCGUGGCAAUAGACAGGAUAGGGUACCUAUUGAGAGCGACAGUGAGCCUGUUCCAUGUGCAAGCUCAUCUCUUCCAGCUGAUGCUGAUUUUCUGAUCUGUUUUGCCUCUGCCCCUGGUCACCAAAGCUACAGGCAGCCAGAGCUUGGUUCUUGGUUCAUUUCAACAGUUGUGGCAAUUUUUAAAGAGUAUGCAGAAAGGGAGCAUCUUAUGGAUAUGAUGCUGAGAGUCAACAAUCAUGUUGCAAAUUAUUUCAGCAAAACAGGCCUCAAGCAAAUACCCUGCCAAGUCUGCAUGCUGAGAAGGAAAGUGUAUUUUAGUCCAAAAUAUAAUUAACCCAUCAUGAAAUGCUCAUGACAAAUUCUGUCUUUGUCGUGUAUAUGAAUGUUUACUUAAUAUGUUUGUGUAAUGAGAAAAUUGUAGAUGAAACAUUGCCAGUGUACCUGUCCACUGGAGCUCAGAAGUGUAGUUACAUGAACUUUGUUAAAUUCUCCCACAGACCACAUCAGUAACACUGUAUAUUAUGUUACAGUGUAAUAUAUACAGUCCAAAAUUUUCAAUCCUUGCUGUAUGGAUGAAGUCUUUGAAAAAAGCAAUGCUGCAUGAUGCAGGAGUUUUAGUCUUAUUGUAACAAUAGUGGGCACACAAAGAUAAACAUGCUGUUCACUAAGUCAUAGAGAAAAUUGUAGGUGCUGUUCAAAGAUAGUUGUAAAGCAGUGUCUGAUUCAGGAUUUCCACUCCUCAAAAAGAAAUCAAACAACAUUCAAACCAGAUUCACUCCUUUGAACUGAGCAAUGAGUUAGCUUUGGUAAGAUAAGUUAUAUUGAUAUAUGGUAAGGUAGUCCUGGACUGGGUUGUUCAAAACACAAGUAAACUGUUGGUGUAAGUUUUAAAUUUGGUUUUAUAGCACUGCAAAAGAAUUUUUUGUUUGGAUUUUUCCCCAUCAUUUUUUAGUCAUAAUGAGAUAAAACCCAAUAGAAGCCUAACUCUUAUAUGUACUCUUCUACACAAGAAAUUGAAAUCAAUGUUUACUUUUAAUCCUAGAUUAACAUUUACCCCCUUUUAAAUAACCCAGCCCUGAGGUAAAUCUGAGGGUUCCAAUUGGUUCUUACAUGGUCCAGAUUUUGCCACACAGACUGUCUUAUAUGGUCAUGAGAUGUGUAUCUAUUUUUGCAAAUACUGGCAAUAAAAAAAAAAACAAGUUUGGUGCAAGUACCAUAUACACUUUGUUAAGCUACUUGCUAACCUUGCUUGAUCAAGCUGUACAGUAGAAAAAUUAGCCCUCAAUCAUUUUUGUAUGGACCUUGCUGCCCUUUGGCUGUAAUUCUACAAUAUUGGGCCAGUACUGCCCUCACACUUCAUUAAUAAGAAAUUAUAGUUGGGAUCAUCCAAGACUGAUAUCUUAAAAUUUUGGUAAUUCUUCCACAAUUUAUUACCUCAGGUUAUGCACCAGAUAUGGAAUCUGCAUACAGUUUGGGUUUUUUUUUUGUAUCAACUGUCUUCUUAGUCUGAUAUUUUUAUCAAUUUGAAGGAAAGUGGUCUGAAGGUAAACUCUAAUUUCACAUGAGUAGUGUCUUCUCCCUUUUCCAGCUGAGUGAAAACUACAAAAUUAAAUUACAUGGAUAAAUGUUGAUGCAACCUUAUUGCUAUGCAAAUGGUUAUACUGUAUGGUCAUUCAUUAGG